AUGAACGACAGCAUACUGUGGAAAAGCGUGGCGGACGAGCUCCGCGAAUCACCAGAUUCCUUGCACGAAUGCUCAAUUGACUCGGAAGAUUCCGAAGACGACUUUGGUUUCGUCCUUGGUAUCCAGCCCAGACCGGACCCCAAAUCGCGCCACCCACCACCAGAGGGCAUUCAAGAAUUGUGGAAGAUUUUCAUUGAAAACAUUGACCCCCUGACCAAGGUCUUGCAUGUCCCUAGUUUAUGGCCGGCUGUCAACAAAGCUGCCAACAAUAUUGAGGUCAUUCCCCGAGCUUUCGAGGCGCUCAUGUUUGCCAUUUAUAGCGCUGCCGUCAUGUCACUCGGUGAUGAUGAAUGCAAAUCUAGGCUCAAUGCACCGCGGAAAACUCUCUUGUCGAGAUACAUUGCCGCGACAAAACGAGCGCUUGCUCGAGCCAAGUUUAUGGGGAGCACAAAUCUCGUCGUUCUCCAAGCAUUGGCGCUUCAUCUCCUCUCGGUAAGAGACAGCUACGAGCCCAGAGCCAUUUGGUCCUUGACUGGUGUUGCUAUUCGCAUCGCCCAAGGGAUGGGGCUUGAGCGCGAUGGAGUACACCUAGGUCUUGCGCCGUUCGAAACCGAGAUGCGGCGUCGUAUUUGGUGGCAAAUCAAGACUCACGACUUUCGUACAGGCGAGCUAUGCGGCAUUGCAAAGUUUCAGGAUCUACACACUGGUUCCGAUACCCCAAAAUGGCCUACAAAUGUAGACGACGACCAGCUCUACCCCGGCAUGCCCUCACCAGCUACAUCUUCAAAAGUCAUGACGGAUUCAGUCCUGAUUGCUCUCAAAGGCGAACUCUUAAAUUUCGCAGCGGCACGCAUUGCUGAUUUCCGCCGGCAGGGAAAAGCACCUGGGGCGUGGGAGCUUCAUAUGCGAGACAAUGACACGACAGAAGUCGACAGACUGCUCGAGGAGAUUGAAGAAACCUUGGAGACCAAGUAUAUUCGCUACUGCGAUCCUUCUAGGCCUUUGCACCUCUUUACCAUGCUCAUGGCACGAUCGUCAAUGAACAUUAUUCGGCUUUUAUCACAUCACCCACGACGAUGGGCUAAUUUUGAACAAGCCCCAAUGUCUGAACAGCUCUGGGUCUGGAACGUUUGCAUCAACCUUCUCGAGCAACAUACCAUGCUACUUACUAACCCACAACUAAACGCUUUUGCAUGGCACGCGCCAUACUUUCAGCAAUGGCACGCCGUAAUUCAUGUCCUAGGUACCCUUUGCAACGGGUCACUCGCUGUUGAUUAUGGAAAAGCUUGGGCGCUCAUAAGCAAAAUCUAUCAAGGGACACCAGAGAUGGCUUCCGACAUGAGAAAGCCCAUACAUGUGGCUGUAGGAAAUCUCUGUCUCAAAGCAUACAGAAAACACAAGGCCGUGUUGGAAAAGAACAAGUCUGCAGUUCCGCCCCCAACGCCAGGAUUUAUCGUGAAACUGAAUGAGCAACGCGACUCUAUCAAGGCCAAACAAUCACAAGCCAAGACCAAGAAAGCAGAGGUUUCCAGGACCUUGAAUCAGGCGUCGACUGGGGACAAAGAUGUUCCGUCUGGUCCUGGGAUUACGAUCCAAGGCAAUCCCCCCAGUUCAAUACCAGCCCACUCAAUCACUCAUGGGACCGACGAGACUCUACUCGGCACACAAGAGGAAUCAUUUUGGCUGACACAAGGCUUGGAUUCUUCCAUUUUGAAUAAUAUAAACGACAUGAUGGAUUUCGAUUUCGACUUUUCGCCGAAUACAGACUUGAGCCUAGAGGAACCCUCGUCUCAUACGAUUGAUUGGGAUCAGUGGGAUACUUGGCUUGCGCAAUCCAAUAUUCUUCGGCCACUGACUCCGGACCAAGGGUCUUGA